UCUGGAUCUCACGAAAUUUUCUCUCUCUGUAGCCUUGACUUCCACAGAGGAGGCAAGAAAUCCCUAGUUUCACGACAUUGGCGCUGGGACUGGCGGGCAUGGAGGAAGAAUCCAUCAUCCACGCUCUCCUCGCGACGAUCGAUCAUAUUUCCGAGGUAGCCAUGGCGGCACAGGUAAACAAGGGCCAGAUCUUCGUCCUCCUCACGGCUUGCGGCUACGUGCGCCUCCACAUUGAUCUCUGGAGCGCGCGCUGCUCGCCGGCCACCAUCGCCAGGCAGCAAUCGUGCUUCCAGCAGCUCGAUCAGGCGCUCCUCGCGGUGCUGCGCGUGGCAUCCAAGUAUUCCGGGCCGGAUUGGAUCGAGAAGCCAUGGCUGUACGUGGCUCGCGAGAAUGCGGUGGUUUUCGAGGCGCUGCUCGACGAUCUGGCGAUCCAUGUGGACCUCGUCAUGGCGGCAUUGCUCCAGGACAGGGAUUGUUCUUCCGGGACCAAGGAUUGGAUUGGGGUGUUGAGAAGGACGAGCUGGGAGAAUUCCAAGGCGCUGAGGUGUGGGCUGAGGAUCAGUGCUAGCGAGGACAAGACCAAACUGCUAGAGAUUUUGGGAAGUGCUCGGGGUGGCUCCUCAGUGGCCACCAACAUGCUGCGAUCGUCGGGCUCGCCAUCGGCGGCAAGUAGAAUGGAUUGGAUUGAUCCAUCAGAGCUCGAGCUUGACGAUAGGAAGCCUCUGGGACAAGGCUCGUUUGGAUUAGUGUUCCAGACAACUUGGGCUGGUCACACAGUGGCAGUGAAGAAGUUUCCAAAGGAGCUAUGGUCGCAAGAUCCGUGGGAGGGAGAGAUCAUGGUGAAGCUCAGGCCGUGCCAUCCAUCGGUGCUCCAAAUCCUCGGCUGGUCGGAGAAAGAUAACAAAGCUUAUCUCGUCAUGGAGCUCAUGCAAGGAAGCCUCGCUCGGCUCAUUCCAAGCCUCGUCACUGCUCCAAUCAUCCUGAUCGUGGAGAUCAUGCUCCAGAUCGCACAGGGAAUGGAUUUCGUGCACAAGAAGAAGAUAAUUCACAGGGAUCUCAAGCCGGGGAACGUCCUCGUAAACUUUGACGGCAAGUUUGAGGAUGGAUCGGCUCACAACAUCGUCGCAAAGGUGGCGGAUUUUGGGCUCUCCAAGAUGAACUUUUCAAGCAACCAUUAUCACAGCCACUUGAAAGGAACGGUUCUCUACAUGGCUCCAGAGAUGCUCGAGGGGGACUGGGAGAUGAAGAGCCAGUACGAUUUAAGCGUCGACGUUUACAGCUACGGGAUGAUGUUUGCCGAGAUCCUCACCGGGACGCCGCCAUAUCCUCUCGGCCUUACCAAGAAGGCUUUGCUCGAUGAGAUUCGGCGUGGCUUGAGACCCAGGCUUCCGCAACGCUGCCCUCAAGCUCUCAAGGACACCAUCGCCUACUGCUGGGAUUCACAGCCUCGUCGGCGGCCAACUUUCGAGCAUAUAUGCACGCGGCUGUGGAGGCUCAAGGGACAGCUUCUCACCGGGGGUGUCUACUGCAUGCCGGACGCGAGGAUCAUUGUCAAGGGAAAGCUUCUCGUCGGGGAAAAACUCACGGGACAGGGGAGCUUUGUGACUGACACCGAGUGGUCGAUUUGCUACUGGGUUCGUCACCAGAGCAAUGGCAAGACAGUGCGGCUGUUGCCAGCGAUGGAGAUAAGCUCUCGAGACAAAUCUCCAGAGUACGUGAUCACGGGUUGCGACUACGACUCCAGCAUCGAGCUGGUUUGCAUCAGCGUGGACAGCAAAGAGCACAGCACCACCACGACUUGCAGGGCGUUUGCUGGCUACGGUGGAUCUGUCGACUGUGACGAUUUCUACAAGCAGCCGAGUACACACUUCGCGGUGAAAGUUUUCGAAGAUGAUGAGAAGUCCUGGAAGGGAAAGUUAGUGAUCACAAAGACCGGAUUGAAGCUGAGCAACCGCAGGAUGUGCAGUUCUACCAUCUGGGAGCCCUACAAUGGAGGUUUUUCCGUGGAAGUGGCACCACUGGAGAGCAGCCUGGCGCAGUGUGUAGUGAAAGGCGAGGGUGGCACAUAUCGUCUACAGUUUGAUAAGUGGGAGUUGCGAGACCUGGCGAUCAUCACUAUCAAGAGCAGCAUCUAUGGUGGCAAGACGAAUAAAUAGCGAUGAAAGCGAAAGUUUAUCACAGUUUGGUUAGAGAUGAGGAGCAGGAUAUCUGGCGGCUCACCCAAACCUUGAAAGAAAAAAUCUUGUAAGAACUUGGCAGCAAGAGAAAUCUCAGGUAAAGGAGGGGCAAGGAAUUUUUCUGUCUAGAUUUCAUCUUUUUGAGCAGAUUUAAAUCAAAUCUUGCACAGCCUUUUUUUUUU